AUGAUUCUUGGAAAAGACGUUCUCGAAGAGAUUCAGUCAGAUAUGAUCAAGACGUCCCUUCCGAAUUGGAUGGGGCGCGCUCCCUCGGACCUCGGUAGCGCCUCUGCUGGUACUCUGAGCGCUGAUCAAUGGCGAACUAUCUGUCUGGUGCGCCUUCCGAUUACGUUAAUUAGGUUAUGGAGCACAGAUGCUGCUUCAGACCGCAAGAAGCGCCUGCUUGAAAAUUAUCUUGAUCUAGUGAUUGCGAUAGUCCAUGGUACCACGAGGCAGACGUCGCCUGGGAAAAUUACAAUCUAUAAUCACUACAUUCUCAAGUAUGUGCGAGGUCUUCGAUUCCUUUUUCCAAAUGUGGAUCUAUUCCCGAAUAAUCACUACUCUCUACACCUCGGUUCCAUGUUGGAACGAUUUGGGCCUCCUCAAGGAUAUUGGGCCUUUCCCUUUGAACGCUAUAUUCGAUUAGUCCACAAUGUGAACACAAGUCAGCGAGAUGGUGAGAUGCACGCUAUUGCUACAUGCAGAUAG